ACUGAAUGAAAGAAACGAAACGAAUCAAAACGAGGAAAAAUGGAGAUACGAGAAGAAAAAAAGUGACAAAAAAAAAAAGAGAGAAAGAAGAGUGAGAAGCGAGAGGAAAGAAACGUAACUGUCAACAAACAUUUCACAGCAAGACCCAAAUAUGACCAGGAAUUAGCAAGGUGACCCAUGAUAAAGCGACACCGACUCAGAAUAUAUAUUGCACAAGGAAGUUCAACAGUAAGUCAGUCGAAGCAGAGACGCCGCACCCUACACUACUCUCCGUCACCUGCGCCACUGCCUCGCUACCUCGUCACCUGCUGGAACCUUCGCUGCACUUGUAACGUAAUGAAUAUAGCGUAAAAAAAAUAAGCAUAGGGUGAACAUGGGAAGGGAAAUGUAAUGUAAUGUAUAAGGAUAAAGAAAGGAAAUAGAGAUAUAAUAGGAAUAGAAAUAGUGAAUAUAGGAUGAAAAAAUGAAAGAAAGGAAGAAUAUAAGGGUAGAUAGGAAUGGAAGGGAAAUGUAUGGUAGUGAAUAUAGGGAAAAAUGAAAGAAAAUAGGAAUAUAAUAGGAAUGGAGGGGAAAUGUAACGUAAUGAACAAAAAGGGGAAAAGAAAGAAAAUAAGUGGAGAUAGGAAUGGGAGGUAAAUAUAACAUGAAGAAUAUGAGGAAUAAAUAAAAAAGAAUAGAAAUAUGAUAAGAAUAAAAGGGAAAAAGUAGCAAAUAUACAGGAUAAGGGAAGAAAGAAAGAAAUUAAGGGUAGACAGGAAUGGAAAGCAAAUAUAACGUGAAGAAUGUGAGGAAGAAAUGAGAGAAAAUAGGGAGAAGAUAAGACUGGAAAGGAAAUAUAAGGUAAUGAACAAAGGGAAAAAGAAAGAAAGAAAAUAAGGAUAGAUAGAAAUGGAAGGGGAAUGUACCGUGAAGAAUUUGAGGAAGAGAGAGAAGGGAAAACAAGAGUAGAAUGGGAAGGAAAACUAUACUAUAACGUAAGAAAAUGUAAUAUAAAAAGAGGGAAAAAAAAGAGAUUAGCCAUUACGAUUCAAAACAGUUCAUAACAGUUCAUUUAAAUACAGUGCAUAUCAAACACAGUACUUUCCCACCCUAAAUCAUUCACUGCGCUAACUAUCAGCCCUGUAAGGAGACUGGUGACUAAGAGGGCCUUUAUUUCUGUAUCUUUUUGCUGCCCUUGACCAGUCCUCCCCUAUUACAUAUAGAAAUUAUAAUACAAAGGUUUCAAUUCAGGUACCUUUGACGAGUUCUUCCCUCUUAAAUAAAAUAAAUGAAUAAAAUGCAAUACAAAGGUUUCAAUUCAGGUGGCCUUGAGAUCCAAAUCCUUCAACACUCAAGGUCAGGUCACACUAUCAACCCUUUCAAUACUAACACGCAUUUUUACCAUGAUUUUUAGGUAUGAUUAGACGAUUUUACUUGCAUUAGGAAGGGUUUAUGAAGGGCUUAAGACUAAUGGCCAGACUCUUUACUAUUUCAACACCCACAUAAGUUUCUAAAUCUGUAUAAAAGCGCCAAACAGUGAGCAGAAUGAAUAUGGAAACGCGUUAUGGUACUGGAAGGGUUAAACUAUUCACAACGCUUCGUAAACAACAUUAAAAUACAGUAGUUUCAAUUCACGUGACCUUGAGAUGCGCACCCCCUCACACUCAAGGUCAGGUCACACUAUUAAGGCUUCAUGGGUCACACUAAAAGCUCCUUCUUGUCCUCAGAUGGCGGGACGGCGAGGUGUGUUGGUGGCGGCUCUUCUGGCGGCGGCGGCUACAAGAGUCCUCGGCGCUGUUCCUGGACCCAACAACUCCCGCUACCCAGACUACAUCGUGUACCCAAGAGUGAAGUGUCCAAGUGAGGGAGUCUUCCCCCACCCACGAAAUUGCUCCUGGUUUGUGAGGUGUGUGGAUCGCAUGAACGUGGGCUUCUACCGCACUUACUACUUCGAGUGCGAGGAUGGGACAGUGUUUGACGACCACAUGGACCAGUGCCUCUUCCCCUCCAGCGUCGGUCCUCCCUGUGGCACAAAAAUAGAAGGCGUUACCCAGCUCACCCCAAAGCCACAACCCACUCAACUUAUUCCCGUCACCACGCCCUCUCCUGGACCUUGCACGAUUACCCCCACUAAAGAAACGCCCUCCACUCCCUCUCCCACGCCCUCCGUCACGCCGCCCUCCACUUCCCUCCCCUGCCAGUUCAAGAGAGAGAGCUGCCGCCGCUACGCCCCCUGUAGCCAGCCCAGGACGCUGUGUGAAGGCUGCUACAUCGGGUUUCAUUUCCAUAGAAUGUGUGCUGAGACUGAACUGUACGAUACGGUGGCGAGGAUCUGUGUGCCGCGACCAUCAGAAGUGGAGUCGUGUGAUGUUUCCACGGCAACACCAGAACUCACAAGCCCCACCACGCCCUCCACUAUACGCCCCACGAAUCCCCCAACCCCCGCCACGCCAGCCACGCCCGCCACGCCAUCCACACCAGACACACAACCACCAACCAUCAUCCUUAACUGUCAAUUCCAAGACGAGCACUGCCGCCGCUACGCCCCCUGCAGCCAGCCCAGGACGCUGUGUGACGGCUGCUACAUCGGCGACUUCUUCGUAAACAUGUGCCAGGCAGGAACGCAGCUGUACGACAAGACUGCCAAGGUGUGCGUGCCGCUGCCCCCAGACUCAGAAAUUUGUAGCGGAACCUUUGUGACCUCACCAGUAACACCCUCCACGCCCACGUCCCUCACCACUACAAUACCAGUCACCACAGGCAAGCCCACAGUGCCCACACACACCCUUAUUCCUAGUAUCGUCCUUAAUUGUGAGUUCAAGGACGAGCACUGCCGGCGAUACGGGCCCUGCAGCCAGCCCAGGACGCUGUGUGACGGCUGCUACAUCGGCGACUACUACUACAACAUGUGCCAGGCAGGAGUGCAGCUGUACGACAAGGCGGCCAGGGUGUGCGUGCCGCGGCCCCCAGAUUCAGAGGUUUGCGGCGCCUUUGUGACCUUCCCAGUAACGCCCUCCACGGCUACGCCUUUCACCACGCCCUCCACGCCCACGCCUUCUACAGCGUCCUCCAGCUCCACCAUGCCCACCACUUUAGAUCCCAACCUCAUCCUCAACUGCCAGUUCCGAGACGAGCACUGCCGCCGCUACGCCCCCUGCAGCCAAUCCAGGACGCUGUGUGACGGCUGCUACAUCGGCGACUUCUUCUACAACGUGUGCCAGACAAGAGCUUUUGUGUACGACAAGACGGCGAGGGUGUGCGUGCAGCGGCCUGCAGACACAGAGAUUUGCAGCGGAACGUCCGUGACUUUCCCAGUGACGCCCUCCACACCUACGCCCCCCACCACGCCUUCUACAGCGUCCUCCAGCUCCAUCACGCCCACUACAAUAGAUCCCAACCUCAUCCUCAACUGCCAGUUCCGAGACGAGCACUGCCGCCGCUACGCCCCCUGCAGCCAGCCCAGGACGCUGUGUGACGGCUGCUACAUCGGCGACUUCUUCUACAACGUGUGUCAGACAAGAGCUUUUGUGUACGACAAGACGGCGAGGGCGUGCGUGCCGCGGCCUGCAGAUUCAGAGGUUUGCGGCGCCUUUGUGACCUUCCCAGUAACGCCCUCCACGGCUACGCCUUUCACCACGCCCUCCACGCCCACGCCGCCCACCACGCCUUCUACAGCGUCCUCCAGCUCCACCAUGCCCACCACUUUAGAUCCCAACCUCAUCCUCAACUGCCAGUUCCGAGACGAGCACUGCCGCCGCUACGCCCCCUGCAGCCAAUCCAGGACGCUGUGUGACGGCUGCUACAUCGGCGACUUCUUCUACAACGUGUGCCAGACAAGAGCUUUUAUUUACGACAAGACGGUGAGGGCGUGCGUGCCGCGGCCUGCAGACACAGAGAUUUGCAGCGGAACGUCCGUGACUUUCCCAGUGACGCCCUCCACACCUACGCCCCCCACCACGCCUUCUACAGCGUCCUCCAGCUCCACCACGCCCACCACUUUAGAUCCCAACCUCAUCCUCAACUGCCAGUUCCGAGACGAGCACUGCCGCCGCUACGCCCCUUGCAGGGAGCCCAGGACGCUGUGUGACGGCUGCUACAUCGGCGACUUCUUCUACAACGUGUGCCAGACAAGAGCUUUUGUGUACGACAAGACGGCGAGGGCGUGCGUGCAGCGGCCUGCAGACACAGAGAUUUGUGGCGGAACGUUCGUGACUUCCCCAGUGACACCCUCUACACCCACGCCGCCCACCACGCCUUCUACAGCGUCCUCCAGCUCUAUCACGCCCACUACAAUAGAUCCCAACCUCAUCCUCAACUGCCAGUUCCGAGACGAGCACUGCCGCCGCUACGUUCCCUGCAGCCAGCCCAGGACGCUGUGUGACGGCUGCUACAUCGCCGACUUCUACUACAACAUGUGCCAGGCAGGAGUGCAGCUGUACGACAAGGCGGCCAGGGUGUGCGUGCCGCAGCCCCCAGACACCGAGUUGUGCGACGCCACCGCUGCCACCUCCCCAGCAACGCCAUCCACCCCCACUCCGCCCAUCAUCACCACCCCUUCUACCGGCACGCCCUCUACCGCGCUCUACUUUGUUGUUCUGAAUUGUGAGCUCAAGGAACAAGGCUGCCGCCGCUACGGCCCCUGCAGCCAGCCCAGGACGCUGUGUGACGGCUGCUACAUCGGUGACUUCUUCUACAACAUGUGCCAGGCAGGAACGCAGCUUUACGACAGGACGGCAAGGACAUGCGUGCCGCGCCCCGCAGGCACAGAGGUAUGCCACCCGUCCUCCCUGACCCCCACGGCGCCGCCCUCCACGGUACUCGCCACCAUUGUGCUGCACUGCGAGCUGCGGGACAACCUGUGCCGCCGCUAUGGCCCCUGCACCCAGCCCAGGACGUUGUGUGACGGCUGCUACAUCGGCACCUACUUCUACAACAUGUGCCAGACCGCCACUCAGGUGUUCGACCGUGCGGCGAGGACAUGUGUGCCGCGCCCCGCAACCACAGAGUUGUGUGAUGGCCCACUUGUCCCCUUCCCGAUAACGACUUCACCCGCCACCCUUGCCCCCACCCCGACGCCCUCCACCACCGCCACGCCUUCCAGCGCGCUCUCCACCAUCGUUCUAAACUGUCAGCUGAAGGAGCAGGGCUGCCGCCGCUACGGCCCCUGCAGCCAGCCCAGGAAGCUGUGUGACGGCUGCUAUAUCGGCAGUUUCCUGUACAACAUGUGCCAGGCAGGAGUGCAGCUGUACGACGAGAAGGCGAGGGCGUGUGUGCCGCGGCCCGCAGACACAGAGGUGUGCCGCCCCUCCUCCCUGACCCCCACGGUGCCGCCCUCCACGGUGCUCGCCACCAUCGUGCUGCACUGCAAGUUACGGGAAGAAGCGUGCCGCCACUACGGGCCCUGCAGCCAGCCCAGGACGCUGUGUGACGGCUGCUACAUCGGCACCUACUUCUACAACAUGUGCCAGACCGCCACUCAGCUGUACGACCGAAAGGCGAGGGCAUGCGUGCCGCGGCCCGCAGACACCGAGUUGUGCGACGCCACCGCUGCCACCUCCCCAGCAACACCAUCCUCCCCUACCCCGCCCAUCAUCACCACCCCCUCUACCGGCACGCCCUCUACCGCGCUCUCCUUUGUCGUUCUGAAUUGUGAGCUCAAGGAACAAGGCUGCCGCCGCUACGGCCCCUGCAGCCAGCCCAGGACGCUGUGUGACGGCUGCUACAUCGGUGACUUCUUCUACAACAUGUGCCAGGCAGGAACGCAGCUGUACGACAGGACGGCGAGGGCGUGCGUGCCGCGCCCCGCAGACACAGAGGUGUGCCGCCCCUCCUCCCUGACCCCCACGGCGCCGCCCUCCACGGUACUCGCCACCAUUGUGCUGCACUGCGAGCUGCGGGACAACCUGUGCCGCCGCUAUGGCCCCUGCACCCAGCCCAGGACGUUGUGUGACGGCUGCUACAUCGGCACCUACUUCUACAACAUGUGCCAGACCGCCACUCAGGUGUUCGACCGUGCGGCGAGGACAUGUGUGCCGCGCCCCGCAGCCACAGAGUUGUGUGAUGGCCCACUUGUCCCCUUCCCGAUAACGACUUCACCCGCCACUCUUGCCCCCACCCCGACGCCCUCCACCACCGCCACGCCUUCCAGCGCGCUCUCCACCAUCGUUCUAAACUGUCAGCUGAAGGAGCAGGGCUGCCGCCACUACGGCCCCUGCAGCCAGCCCAGGAAGCUGUGUGACGGCUGCUAUAUCGGCAGUUUCCUGUACAACAUGUGCCAGGCAGGAGUGCAGCUGUACGACGAGAAGGCGAGGGCGUGUGUGCCGCGGCCCGCAGACACAGAGGUGUGCCGCCCCUCCUCCCUGACCCCCACGGUGCCGCCCUCCACGGUGCUCGCCACCAUCGUGCUGCACUGCAAGCUACGGGAAGAAGCGUGCCGCCACUACGGGCCCUGCAGCCAGCCCAGGACGCUGUGUGACGGUUGCUACAUCGGCACCUACUUCUACAAUAUGUGCCAGACCGCCACUCAGCUGUACGACCGCGCGACGAGGGCGUGCGUGCCGCGGCCUGCAGACACUGAGAUUUGUGAUGCCACCUCUCUGACCACCCUGCCUACGCCCUCCACCACCGCCACGCCCUCCACCACGCCCGCCACCACCAUUUUAAACUGCCAGUUCCGAGACGAGCACUGCCGCCACUACGCCCCCUGCAGCCAGCCCAGGACGCUGUGUGACGGCUGUUACGUCAGCAACUACUUCGUAAAUAUGUGCCAGGCGGAAACUGAACUGUACGACAAGAUGACCAGGGUGUGCGUGCCGCGGCCUCCAGAAAGUCAGGUGUGUGGCGGCCCUGUGUCGCCUACUGCUGCUACUAGUGCGCCUACUACACCCACCACGACCCCUGCCACAACAACCACGCCUACCACGACCCCCACCACGACAACCACGCCUACCACGACCCCCACCACGACAACCACGCCUACCACGACCCCUACAACAACAACCCCACCGACCACGACCCCCACCACGACAACCACGCCCACCACGACCCCCACCACGACAACCACCACCACAACCACACCCACUACAACUUCCACCACCACAACUACCACGACCACUACCACACCCACCACGACACCCUCAACUACGCUUUCUACCACAACCACGCCUUCCACGACGCCAUCCACCACUACCACACCUUCUACCACGCCUCACACAACACCGUCCACCAGCCCCACGCCCUCCACUCCGGCCCCCACCACUAUUCUCAACUGCCAGUUCCGAGACGAGCACUGCCGCCACUACGCCCCCUGCAGCCAGCCCAGGACGCUGUGUGACGGCUGCUACGUCGGUAACUACUUCGUAAACAUGUGCCAGGCGGAAACUGAACUGUAUGACAAGACGACCAGGGUGUGUGUGCCGCGGCCCCCAGAAUCUCAAAUCUGUACUCACGUCACACCUUCAAGCCCGCCCACCGCCGCUCCAGUCACCACGCCCUCUCCCACCACGAGCCCGCCAGCCAUUACCACACUCAGUCCCUCGACCAUCUCCGUGGCGGUGUCCCAAGGCUUCACCGUCUACUGCGCCGAGACCUCCAGGAAACACGUGCUCCCCAAAGUGAAGGAGCUCAGUUGCAAACAGUACUUUUUCUGCGCCGCUGAUGGAACUUUCCAGAGUCGGCAGUGGCUGUGUGAAUCCUACUACAACUGCAACCGAGGUAAGAACAACAAGUGGGAUGUGGAGGUGUUGUCGUGCGGCGCGGGGCAGCUCUUCAGUGACAAGACCCACACCUGCGCCACGGCCCCGUCAGAUUCAGAAUUGUGUUCCUCUUCUGGCACACCACCGAGACCCGCCGCCACACCCUCUCCAUCCAUCACCUCAGCCCCCGCCCCGGCCACCCCCGCCCCAAGUGCCUUCCCUGCCCCGGCCCGGCCACCCCCCCAAGUGCCUUCCUGCCCCGGCCCAGGCCACCCCGCCCCAAGUGCCUUCCUGCCCCAGCCCUGGCCACCCCGCCCCGGCGCCUUCCCUGCCCCAGCCCCGGCCACCCCGCCCCAGCGCCUUCCCGGCCCCGCCCCGGCCACCCCGCCCCAGCGCCUUCCUGCCCCUGCCCCGGCCACACCGCCCCCAGCGCCUUCCCUGCCCCGCACCGGCCACCCCGCCCCUAGUGCCUUCCCGCCCCAGCCCCGGCCACCCCGGCCCCUACUGCCUUCCCCGCCCCCGCCCCGGCCACACCUGCCCCCAGUGCCUUUCCCGCCCCUGCCCCACAGCUCAAGGAGCUCGCCUGCGUCCCCCACUUCUUCUGCGACCCCGACGGCACAUUUAAGGGUCAGCGGCUGCUGUGUGGCGCCUACUACCACUGCCAGCGUGGCCAGGGCGGCAGGUGGGAGUUGCAGCGGCAGCAGUGUGCUGCGGGAACGCUCUUCAGCGAGCAGGCAGACCGCUGCACCGCCGCGCCGUCAGGUUCCCAGUUAUGCUCCUUUUCCGGCACCAACAGCAAGACCGGCCACCCCCACCCCUGCACCGGCCACCCCCGCCCCAAGUGCCUUCCCCGCCCUGGCCCCGGAUACCCCCGCCCCCAGCGCCUUUCCUGCCCCAGCCCCAGCCACUCCCGCCCCUAGUGCCUUUCCAGCCCCUGCCCCGGCCACCCCGGCCCCUAGUGCCUUCCCCGCCCCUGCUCCAGCCACCCCCGCCCCCAGCGCCUUUCCCGCCCCUGCUCCAGUAAACCCCGCCCCCAGCGCCUUCCCUGUCCCCGGGCCGGUCAGCCCCGCCACCCCGGGGCCGGCCUCCGUGGCACUGUCACACGGGUUCAACAUUCAAUGCUCGCAGGACAAGAGGAACCACGUCCUGAAGCAGCUCAAGGAGCUCGCCUGCGUCCCCCACUUCUUCUGCGACCCCGACGGCACAUUUAAGGGCCAGCGGCUGCUGUGUGGCGCCUACUACCGCUGCCAGCGUGGCCAGGGCGGCAGGUGGGAGCUGCAGCGGCAGCAGUGUGCCGCGGGCACGCUCUUCAGUGAGCAGGCCGACCGCUGCACCGCCGCGCCGUCAGACUCUGAGCAGUGCUAGCGCCCCGUCCGUCACGACGCCUGACUGUGACUCACCAACUCUCCCCGCCUCUCUCUCUCUCUCUGGUCCGUCACCAUUCUGCUACACAUAUUUAUUUAUUUAUUUAUUUAUUAAUUCAUUUAUGCAUCCAUUCUUAUCUAUUUAUUAAUUUAUUUAUCUAUUCAUGUAACUAUCUGUUCAUUCCUCUAAUUUUUCAAAACCUUUCUUUCUCUUAAUUCACUGUUCGUCCGUCUAUGGGCAAAGAAGUCAAAUAAAACAAAUAAAUUAAUCGUAUCUGCAUAAGAAUUUACAAUGAGCUGAGAAAUUGUGCAGUGCUUUAUAUUAGAAUGGUGAAGCUUAUUACAUGAAUCACUGUACUCUGGAAGGCCACGCGUCGCUUGAUCUCCAGUCAACCAGUCAUUAGCGUCAAGGUUACAGUUGAUGUUUACCUGCACCUGAUUACUACUUGUCUUUCCUUCAAUAAUAACAAGACUUUUGCUAUCUUUUUUCAUCCCUUUCUUUUCAGUCCUUUUUUUUUUUUUUUUUAUCUUUUUUGUCUCUAUAUUUGUUGUGGCCGCGCGUGCACUUUGUGGGCUAAGGUGUUCUCACGCGCACGGGAUGGAAUCCUGGCCACGGUGCGAGGGUAGGAUGAGCUACGGGCAACGGUUCCCAAGUGCCAAAUCGUUACGAGCCACCGUCCUGGAAAUGAUGUACCAGGAACUGAAGAUAGAAAAAUAUGGAAGAAAAAAAAAAAAAAAGGGGUAGGAAUGUAUAUAUGGUGAAAUACACACGCCACUCACUGCUGUUGAAGAUUGCACCAAGUCACCUGAGCAAACACCAGCACAUGUGUCAAGAACAGAAUGACGAUGCUACCUGACUCCUCAUUCCUAACCUAGAGUGCCUGUGAGGUUCUCGUAAUGCUGUAACAGAGGACCGCCUUCGUUAUGUACACUGUGUUAACCAUACUGUUGUUGUUGUUGUUGUUGUUGUUGCUAAUAUACUGACAGAUUGACUUAAGGUUCGUCUAUAUAUUUUUUCACUGAUCUGUUUAAGGUUUAGUCGUAUACAUAUUAUUUUUUUGCCUUAAUUACUAAGAGUGUUGUUGUUGAACGUUGUUGUUACGCUAAAUGUUUGUUUGUUACCAUUCUGUGUUGAGAUUGACGGCGUGGUUGUUUUUUUGUUGCUAUUUAUUGUGUGUGUGUGUGUGUGUGUGUGUGUGUGUGUGUGUGUGUGUGUGUGUGUGUGUGUGUGUGUGUGUGUGUGUGUGUGUGUGUGUGUGUGUGUGUGUGU